GAUAAGGAAGUAGGAUAUAAACAAAAUAAGUUCACUGAAGUGAAUGUUCGUACUUUAGUUCGAUAGUUGCACAGUAGAUUCAACAUAUUUUCUAAAUCUGUCUUCUAUAUCUCAAGCAGCAAAUUAUAAUUUGUAAAAAUGCCAAACAAGGACAGUAAAGUACUGUUUCUUCAAUCGGCACCGCCAAAAUUUGAAGAAAUACAAAAGACUAUUUUUAAUGAUGGAGCUGUGGAUUUUAUAUGGAGAAUUCACAAGACGUUCGAGAAGCAAAUUGAACAAUUUUAUAAAGAUAGGUUGCAACGCACUGUCAUAACGCAAACUCUUUCGACUUUGGACUUUAAAAAGUCGCCCGAAAGAAGUGAUAAAUCCUGGACUAUUGCUCCCCUGCCACCUAGAUUACAAAAUCGGCACUUAGACCUUGGCGAUGUCUCAGCAUCAAACACCGCUCACUUUGUUUCUUCUCUCAAUGAAGAUGUGCAAGGCAUUCAAGUUGACUUUGAUGAUGGGCACUGCCCCACAUGGAAGAAUCAAUUGCAGGCAUACCAGAAUAUUAAGUUAGCUGUAAUGGGUAAGCUUCUUGGAGCACCCAUAACUAUCACUACAUGCCCUGUAUUGAUGUUGAGACCCAGAGCUUGGAACAUGAUAGAACACAAUAUUUUGAUCGAAGGCAAGGAAGCCAUUGGUCCUUUGGUUGAUUUUGCAGUUUUGAUGUACCACAAUGGAAAACUUCUUUAUGAAGCUAAUAGUGGUCCUUACUUUUACCUGUCCAAAUUGGAGGGGGCGACAGAAGCAUUGAUGUGGAAUGAAAUAUUUGUUUGGGCUCAGAAUGAACUUGGUCUGCCACAGGGCACAAUAAAAGCAUGUGUUUUAAUUGAGAACAUAGUGUCUAGUUUUGAAUUAGACGAAAUUUUAUAUGCAUUAAGAGACCAUUCAUUAGGUCUUAACUGUGGCAUAUGGGAUUACUGUGCAUCUAUAAUAUCCAAGUUUGGGGAUCGCAAGGAGUUCUUGCUACCGGAUCGCAAUAAGUACGUGAAUAUGGAUCGCCACUUCCUGAACAGUUAUAUGAAGCUGGUUGUAAGUACAUGCCACGCUAGAGGUGCUCCUGCCACUGGUGGUAUGGCAGCCGCUAUGUUGAAACCCGGUUCCGACGUCAAUGACAAAGACUCUAAAGUUAUAAUAACAAAGAUACUGGCUGCAAAAUCAAAGGAGAUCGAAUGUGGUGUUGAUGGAUUCAUGGUCUACGAUGCAAGAGUUGUGCCUCAAAUCAACGAGCUCUGGAAGAAAAGCGGAGCCACACCAAAUCAGAUAGGCAAACAAAUCAAUGUGAAUAUUACAGCUCAGGACCUUCUGUCUAUACCACGUGAUGGUGUGACGUUGCAAGGUCUGAAGCAUAACGUGGCUAUCUCCAUUCUCUUCAUCUACUAUUGGUUAGCCGGCAUCGGGCAUUUCUUCUAUAGCGGUAAUGUUGAAGAUUCCGCAACAGCAGAAAUAUCCAGGUUUCAAAUCUGGCAAUGGAUACGUUUCUCUACGCCUUUAGAAGACGAUCCUAAAGUGGUUGUGACUGCCAAGUUAGUUGAGAAGUCUGCAGCAAGUUUCGCCGCGCACGCGCAUAAGAACCUUUGCCGGUCGAAUGCUGAGCGCAAGCGCUUGACCGCUGCUAGAUACAUGUGUAUGGAGUUAUUUCUAAGCAGGAACCCUCCGGAAUUUAUAACAAGUUAUCUAAAUGAUAAUCAUAAAUUCAGAACAUUGCACAACAAAGCUCUUUUGAGCAAUUUAUGAAAAAAGUAUAUGACUAAGGUUCUACUUACCUUUACAUAGUUUUUGGAAUAAUUAUGGCUAACCUUCAUUGUCUUUUGGUUUUUGCUAAUAACGAUGAAGGACUCUGACAAAUUAAGCUUAUAAAUACUAGGUAUACUAAGUAGCCAACUCUACCAAAGUAUGGGUUAUUGAACAUAACCGUUAUUGAAGUUAUGACGUACCUAUAUUAUUAUUAUAAAAUUAAUUUCAUCAAUCAAUUUUUUAAACCAUCGGACAUUUUACCAAUAUUAACGUUUAUUUUUAUAUUGAGACUAGGUUUUCAACUGUGACUAAUUCACUUGCUAACCAGAUGUCACUCUAUUAAUCUAGAUUUUAUCUAUAUAAAUUUUAAGUUUUGUUUAAAGGAAAUGCUGGCUUCAUCUUGUUUUUUUAUAUAAUGUUGACAUGUAAAAGUGCUUUAAGGCCUACCUAUUUAUAAAAAAUGUAUUUACUAUUUCCGUAAUAAGAGCU